AUGCAGACAGCCGCCAUGGAUCCAACGGAGGAACCCCCAUCGGUUCUGUGGGGCCUGGACCCGGUUUUCUCAGCCUUUGCUCGGCUGUACAUCAACGACAUCCUGCAGAUGACUGAGUCCAUCCAGGUUCCAGGAGUUUAUUUCUACAACCAGCAUCCGAUCUACAAAGUGGACGUUCUUGGAACGGUGGUGUACCGGAGGGAGAGGGACGACUUCUUCUGUUACGGAGUGGACGAUGGGACCGGCGUCGUGAACUGUCUGUGCUGGAAGACCAAGCUGUUUCAAGACGAAGACGGUCCAGAGAAAAGUGUAAAGUUUAGUGACGGGGCUUAUGGGGGCUUCAACCCAGCCGCUGAGCUGAAGAAACUCAGAGAAGCCCACCAGCAGCACUGCCGGCUGGAGAUCGGAGAGCUGCUCCGAGUGCGGGGAACGGUGAAAACGUCGAGGCAGCAGAGAGAAAUAAUGGCCUCCACCUACUAUAAAGUUGACGAUCCGGUGAUGGCGGCGCAGAUAACUUGGAUGAUGGAAGUUCCUCAGCUCUACAGAGAGUGCUACGACAAACAGUUUGACUUUAAGACUGAUGCAGAAGGAAGCUCUGCCAACAGUUCACUGAGUAAGGCGACAAAUAUGAUUAAAGAUUUCCUAAAGCAGAAGUCAGUGACCAGGUUCAGAUCUUAUGAUGUCCAGGAUCUCCUGCAGCCUCUGAUCUCCAUCAAACCACAAACAUCAACUGCUGAGCAGGAGCCUGUAGCAGGUCCAUCUGCGUGCCAGCAGCUUCGCCAGCUUCUGAAGGAGGUCCUGCAGCUCCUGCAGGAUGAAGGGGUGGUUUACCGAAAGGUGAAGUCCCAGGAUGAAGUCUACCAUGUGACUGCACAGGACAAAGAUCUGCACAUCGCUGUCAAAGAUAUCAUCAGGGAGGACUCCAAAAGACAGAAAUAUGCAGAGAAGGGUUGCCACGUCCUGCACGUCCUGUCUGCGGUCCGGCAGCGUCACAGCCUCAACGUGAGCAGGGCGGCUCUGGAUCUGGUCCUGAAGGCGCUGGAGCGCGACAGCGACAUCGUCAGCACCAGCGACAGCCGCUACACGGCGUUUUAACACCAGCGUGUCUGAAGAAGUUCAAAUCGCUGUUGUAAAGAUGUGUUUUUAAUAAAUGAAAGA